ACUCAAGCCAGUUUACAGUAUUUCAAGUUGCCCGUUUGCGAUGGCCAUAAACCUGAAAGCGACCGCCAGCGAUGUGAAAAGCGGCCUUGCCGAUCCGCUUCAGCUUCACUACAUUCCAGCCUCGAUCAACGGUGAUGGGCCGGCCAACGUGGAGAAGUUCUUCACCCCUUACACCGAGAACCAACCGGGCGGAGUGCUACAAAAUGCUCUCCGUGGAUAUCCGCUGCUGGGCAAGGAGAUGACGCUUCCGGAGGGCUACACGGGAGUAAUCUUUCAGGAAACGAAGAAGCCCCUCUCGAGCGAGGACGAUCGGAACUUCACUUUCGGAGGGGCAUUCCGCACGCUCACCUACUGGAACUACGAUCGCAAUCCAACGCAGAACGAUCCUUUCUCGAAGGCCCUGAACUGGCUAAAGCUAUCGGAGGUUCUACACGGUGAAGAGGACGAAAUUGACGCUCCCAAGCCGGAACCUGCACUUUCGAAGAAAAAUAAAGUGAAACAGGAGAAAGACAGCUCCUCUUAGAUUGGCAGCAUUAAUUGUAUUAAAGUCCUAUUU